AUGAACGUUCGAGACCCAUUUAACAUCCGCGGUCUGAAUCGGGAUCCCACUGCCAACUGGAGACCAAAGAGAAACACCACCACCCACGACACCAGUAACAUCACCACCACCCUCCAAAACGUAAUCCGAACCGCCGCCGCCGAGACCGAGCGCCUUCGCGACAAGGCGAGCGAGGUGCUGGAAGCUAGUACCUCCCUUUUGCCGACAACGAACACACCCACGAACACAACCGAGAUACGAUUCUCCUCCGAACCGGGCGUUGGAGAUCAAGAAGAGGAUAUGUCUUCCUUCUCGAUACCAAAAAAUGUCCCUUCCUUUAGCAACCCACAACGCCAGUACGAAGACCGCUUAUGGGCCGCGGCUACAAACAAGAAUAGCAAGCCGGGGAAUAUUUUGAGCGGGGUGCAAGAUAUCAUUUCGGGGGGCAAUCGUGCUGCGUUGCCGAUGUAUAAAGAUAAGCCGUAUAUGUACCCCCCAGGACGGGGCGGCUAUGGUGGGGGAGGAGGGGGAUUCAGACCUAGGAGGAAGAGGACGUUGGGGUUGUUGUUGCUUGUUGUGGCUGGGUUAGUUUGGUGGUCGGGUGUGUUUUCUGGGGAGCAGGAGGGUGCGGUUGUGAGCGGAUGGGGGUGGUGGGGACAGGAUACGGGGAGGAGUAGGGCGAAUUGGUUGAAGAGGAGGGAGAGGGUGGUGGAGGCUAUGGAGUUGAGUUGGGAUGCGUAUGAGAGGUAUGCUUGGGGCAUGGACGAGUUUCAUCCGGAGUCCAAGACGGGGAAGCAGAUGGUGCCGAAGGGGUUGGGGUGGAUUAUCAUUGAUUCGUUGGAUACGCUCAUGUUGAUGAACUUGACCAGCCGGUUAUCGCAUGCAAGGGAGUGGUUGGCGAAGGAUUUGACGUGGGAGCAGGAUGAGUAUGUGAACACGUUUGAGACGACGAUUCGCAUGUUGGGAGGGUUACUUUCGGCGCAUUACCUCUCGACCACGUUUCCACAGUUGGCGCCCAUUUCAGAUGACGACCCUGGGAAGCCUGGGGAGGAUUUGUACUUGGAGAAGGCGAAGGACUUGGCUGACAGACUGAUGGCUGCAUUUGACUCGCCUUCUGGGAUUCCAUACGCCAGUGUCAACUUGAAAGAGUUUAAGGGCAUUAUUUCACAUGCUGACUCGGGUGCUUCAUCCACGGCCGAGACAACGACUCUGCAGCUCGAGUUCAAGUAUCUCGCGAAACUAACGGGCGAGAAGGAUUUCUGGGACAAGGCGGAGAAGGUCAUCCAGCUGGUGGACGACAAUGGCGCCCAGGAUGGAUUGGUGCCCAUUUUCAUCUUUGCUACAACGGGCAAAUUUCAUGGCGAGAACAUCAGAUUGGGCAGUCGUGGCGACUCGUACUACGAAUAUCUCAUCAAGCAGUAUUUGCAGACCAACAAGAAGGAGCCAAUUUAUCAGGAGAUGUGGGAUGAGGCGCUGCAGGGCGUCCGGAAACACCUGAUCACUUACACGGAGCCGUCGCAGUUUACCAUCAUUGGCGAGCGCCCAAGCGGGUUGAGCAAUGAACUUUCACCCAAGAUGGACCACCUCGUCUGCUUUAUGCCCGGAACAAUUGCUCUGGCGGCCACGGGUGGGCUGACCGAAAAGGAGGCCAGGGGCUUGCCCACAUGGACCGACAAGAAUGAGGCCGAUAUGCAGCUCGCACGGGAACUUAUGCACACGUGCUGGGGCAUGUACAAGUACAUGGCGACCGGCCUUGCCGCUGAGAUUACUUACUUCAACCUGCCCAAGGAACCACUUCCGGCAUCGGCUCCCCACCAGGCGCCCGCCGAAUUCGACCCCGAUCCGGAGGCCGAGUGGCGCAAGGAUUUUGACGUGAAGCCGCAAGACAGUCAUAACCUGCAGCGCCCAGAGACGGUCGAGAGUCUGUUCUACAUGUGGCGAAUCACCGGCGAGGAAAAGUAUCGUGAUUGGGGCUGGGAGAUGUUCAAGAGCUUCAUGAACUACACAGCGGUCGAGGAUGGCGGCGGGUUCACUAGCUUGUCCAAUGCCAACAUCAUCCCUCCUCGGACGAGGGACAAUAUGGAGAGUUUCUGGCUGGCGGAGACGCUCAAGUACUUUUACUUGCUGUUCUCGCCGAAUGACCUACUACCGCUCGACAAGAUUGUUUUCAAUACGGAGGCGCAUCCUUUCCCAAGAUUCGAUAUGGGGCCGUUGUUUUCCACGGGGUGGAAGAGGAAGCCUCGGGAUGCGGCAGGGAAGAUUGUGGAAUAG